UGUGCUCCUCAAUAGACUUCCAGGAUGAACUAGCCGUCCUUCCAGAGGUUCCUCCUCUUCUCUGACCAGUCGUCUAGCAUCCGUUGUCCCCGACGUCGACUCCUUCGACUAGCUCCGUUUUGUACUUUAGUGUCCCAUCAAACAAAUUCUUACCAUGGAAGAUCUCGACAAGGAACAACUGGCCAUGCUGCGGAAGGUGUUCGACAGCUUCGACCACAACAAGAAGGGCAGCAUCCCUUCCUCUAUGGUCAGGACGAUUUUCACAGUGAUGGGCCACCGAGUUGACGAUCGACAGCUCAGGGCCAUCAUCGCCGAAGUAGAUGCCGACGGCUCCGGAGAAUUGGAAUUCUCCGAAUUCGUUACUUUGGCCGCGCAGUUUCUCGUCGAAGAAGAUGCGGAAGAGAUGCAGAACGAGUUAAAAGAAGCUUUCCGUCUUUACGACAAAGAAGGCAACGGAUACAUCACCACUUCCGUACUGCGGGAAAUUCUUCACGAGCUCGAUGACAAGCUAACGCCUGACGAUUUGGACGGAAUCAUCGCUGAAAUCGACGAGGACGGCUCAGGCACCAUCGAUUUCGACGAGUUCAUGGAAAUGAUGACUGGUGAAUAGGCCUAUCACCGUUUUAAAGAAAUACAUCCUUCAAAUCGAAACAACUAUCAUAUUUGUUUCGGAAUCUUUUGAUUUGAUUGCAAUUUUUCUGCCGAACUUUUUGGGUUUGAAAGCUUUUACUCCUUUUUUUUGGUAUUUUCCCCACCACAUUAUAUACAAUGAAGUUGUUUACUGACAGCUGUUUGUAUAUUAUACACACGUGAAAUGGG